AUGUUUCGUCGCUGCACGGUGCCCCGCAUGAACCGAGGCCAUUUGGCUCCCACACCGUCCAAAUACUCGGACCGUCCAGGCAUGUGGGGACCGGGAGGCGGCCCGGUAAAGGAUACAUUAGCACGUCGAACGAUGUUCUACCGCAUGCUCGUUAUGAACAAAAUAGGCUUUUGGACAAAGCCGUUUCGCACAAACCGCGCCCGGUGGAUCUGGCGAAAGACACAGAUGCAGCUGUGGAAGACGAUGGUAAUGUCGAUGGUGUUCAUCUGCGUUAUCCUCUUUUGUAACAUUUGGCUGUCCUUCGUGUACCAUGCGUACACCGUCGGCCCCACAACACCGGUUCUGGAACGCAAGGUGCGGGAGCACCGGGUGUCGAAGCAGAUUAUGCAGAUGGUGCGCGAGCGCGAGCGUGAUAUGACCCAGGAGGAAGAGGUGGAGAAGGCACGUGCCAUCAUCGAGUCACAAAAGCGAUGA